AUGAAUUCAGUGGCAGUAGCGAUAUUUCCAACAAUGCAUGAAAUGUAUCAUGUCGCUGCUAAAAAUCGACGUAAAAUGGUACCAUCAUCACCAGAAUCAUGUCUGUUUGAUAUUCCUAAUAAAUUUAAAUUAACAAUUGAAAAAAAAAGGUUUUUGUUAAUCGAUGAAGCUCUCGUAAGACGUGAACGUUUAUUACUUUUUGCAAGCGAUACUCAGCUUGAUUUAUUAUUCAAUGCAUCAAUCAUCUACAUGGAUGGUACAUUUAAAAAAGCUCCAUCACAAUUCAAUCAAAUAUGCAUAAUACAUAUAGUACAUUUUGAUAUUUGUAAGCAAGAUUGUUAG